AUGAACCGCAAUUUGUAUCCUUGCGCUGUUUGUGGGAACAGGGUCGGUGGAAGGGAGCAUCCUGAGCAUGAUGAAGCAACUCUUUGGCUUUGCAGAUUCCGUGGAGUAUAUCAUCACAACGAAGAAGGGUAUAUUCUGACAGGUGUUUGUUUUUCCACUGAGCCAGAAGAGGAGCAGUUCGGAGCUCCUCCAGCCGACAACUCUGUUUGGACUGACGAGGGGUAUGGGAUUGAAACAGAGCAUGGCAUAUUCAACAUUGUGACAAGUCGCUCCAAGGAUGGUUGGCAUGGCUUUCUAGUCCACGAGGCAUGCUGGUCGCUUCUUUCCACCUACUGCCAACCAGAAUCGAUACCACUUGAGAGACUACACGAAGUUUGCUCUUCCAUCCACAUCAAUGGCACAAUUCUUAACUGGGUUCCACCUGCAGCUGAAGAUGUUAUCGGCCUAGAAACCGCGUUUCACAAUCCCUUACGUGCCUCUGAAGCUAGGAAUCUUUUAAAUCAGGAGCCAGAAAGCCCACGACUCAUCGCCGAUAUACCCAACCCGCAAAAGUCUGCUGGGAACCGGCUGGACCAACUCCCGCAGGAGCUCGUGGAUAUGAUUGCCAAGGAACUGCCUACACAAGAUUUCCUGAACGCAAGGCUAGCCACAAGAUCUUUUUGGCCCAUGUUUCACAGCCAAUCAUUUUGGUUCUCAAGAUUCAUCGCCGGUGGGGAACGGUCAUGGCUCUUUGAGGCCCUAGAUGCUCACGAAAACGUUGAUUGGCGAUCACUAUGCCGCAAGACGAAUGAAUCCCGCUUGACUUUGGGGCUACGAAACAGAAAGAGGAUUUGGGGUAUCAUUGCCGAGCUCGCGCCCUUCCUUCUACGAUCAUCACAAGAGCCCUCGUCACAACCUUCUCUACUGGAGGCGGGUGGUCUGGAAUAA